GACAGCCUUUACGUUGAACCCGAACCGAACUGCUUGUUUGCGAGGAGUCGAACCGCGAUCAUCGAACCGAAUUGUCACGUUGUCGCCGCUCAUCUUUUUUUGUGUCCAUCCAUUUUAUAUCACCCUUAGUCUCUCUCUCUCUCUCCCUCUUUCUGUCUCUUUCCGUUCUGAAGCUAGUAGUACCAGAGCACCGACGGUGUGCUUCCUCGCCGUUUGACAUUAUCGAGCGCUUGUAUCUGUUGAAGUGCUAGAUCUAAGUGAUCCAACCGCGCGCUGCCUACGUGCUGUUAAACAUUGUUAGCAUAGCUAUCUCUUUGGGGCCCGUGGUGUACGCGUCUCCGAACAAUCUUUUCACUUCCGUUGCGUGCACUUCUGUGUAGUUCAUAAGCGAAACACACGCAGACUCACAAAAACAGGCGAGAUCCCCCCCAGGCUAUCAGUGAAAUAUGAAUUCCAACGCCGUCGCACUGCUGCUGUUCGUGGCACUGGCCGUCUGCAUCGGUGACAGUGCCGAAAUUCCACCGCUACCGGUGCAGGACGAACAAACGACCGGUGGCGCAUCGUCAGCGGAAGCGGAAGAAUCAUAUUUGGGUGUUAAGCUGUACAAAAUGGAGCGACCCUGUGCGAUGUUGGGCGGUAUGUGCGUUCAGACUAGUGAGUGCAACUCCAGACCAGCAAAGGAAGGACUCUGCCCGGAAAAUGGUCAUCUGGGCGUUGAUUGCUGCUAUGAAGUAAAACCAGCGAAAAAUCUCACCUGCCACGAGUACCGUGGAGCGUGCAUGGAUCGAUGCGCCGAAGGAUUGCAGCGCCCAUCAGUCGAUUGUGCCGAUGGACAAAAGUGCUGUGUUUUGGUUGUUUAAUCUUUGCCCUGGAGUAAUGUUUCGAUUGCUAUAAAUCCACCAUCAAGAAGAACGGUCUGUGGGAGUAAAGAGAAGAAGACAUCGAACAUCGAGAGAUAAUCAUUGAUUUCCAAUGGUGUCGAAUUUAGCAAAUCCAAACAUUAAACAUUGUAUCUCGCCUAAGGUUAGAACACCGGUUUUAGAGAUAAAACAUAUCAAAAGAAGCUAUUUAAAAAGAAGAAUAAAUUAAAGCAUA